UAACCGUUUUUGUUCUUUAAUAUUAUUUGUCAUACACAAAUAACUUAACUUUUUUCUUUCCUCUUACUCAUAACUCGUGCAAUAUACAUAUUACAAUAUGUAGGUUUCAGUUAUCAACUUUUGUCUAUUGCACAGAAUAUUUUCCGCCUGUCUGACCCAGGUACAUAUUACCAAACGAUAAGUGACACUGGAUAACCGUGUACAAGGCGGACGUUAAGAAACUGAAAGUAAAUGGGCGACAUUUACAGAAAAGAUGUUGUUAAUUUUACUGAUUUGUGUAUAUUCACUUCUAGUAACAGUUAAAUGUGAGUGUGACAUAGUUACUGUACAAGUUUCCAAACAGGCUACAUUAACAUUUGAUCUACAAAACAGCAGUUCUCUGAUAGAAGUAAUGCAUAAUAACAGAUCAAUAUUAGUUGGAUCGAAAUUUUUUAAUAAUAUAAGUUAUAAAGUUAUAAACCAUACCGAAGAACACUUUAGUUUUAAAAUAGUGAACGUGACUAGAAAUGAUGCUGGUAUUUAUACAGAAGGACCAGUUGGUUCAUUAGCAUGUAUACAACUCGUUGUAACAGAUAAGCCAGCAACAUCUAUACAAGCCCAACAUCAACCGGUUUUAAAGCAUAUUAAAGAAAAUGGUGAAUUAAAGGGGAAGAUAAGUCUGACUUGUAUUGCAACAUCUACAACCAAACGAACUGAUCAUAAUUUACCUAUGAUAUAUAGAUGGUUUAAACAUGGUAUAUAUUAUGAUAAUGGUAGAAUACUACAAGAUAGAGAUGUUGAUAUAAAUGAUAAAGGAGAUGAUAUAAUCUGUAUAGCUACAUAUGAUCCGGAUUGUAAAACUAUUUUACGGGAUUUAAAACAAGAUGCUACACUCACAACAGUUACCACAGAUAAAGAAUGUAAAGAUGUAGUAGGUGUUUCAGAAGUGUUUACUAUUCAACCGCUGUAUGGACCAUAUGAUAUACAAUUAAUCUAUGAUGAUACAAAUCUAAAACCUGGUGAAGAAAUAACGAAACGUGUAGGAGAGGAAUUAACAGUUAAUUGUACGAGUGAUUGUAAUCCAGCAUGUAUUAUCAGUUGGUAUAAAGAUGGGAAGAUGCCGAGUUCUAAUCAACAACUCAAUCUACCAGAUGUACAAGAAUCAGAUGAUGGGGUUUAUACAUGCACAGUAUACAAUAUACAUGGUACCAAAAAUGUAUCCUUUACACUAUCUACCAAUCCACCUUCUAUUAAAACGACGACAGCCAUGGAAAUAACAACUAUUGCAGAUAAUAAACACCAAACAUCUUUUAUCCUAGAUCUACCUAUAUUGACAGACCCUGAUUGUUGUCCACCAGCAGAAAACUCAAUGUCAAGUGAUGACGUCACUUUAGUUGACGUUGGUGAAAAGAUAAUGAUAGUAAGGGAGAUAACUGGGUAUCCUAGACCUUCAAUAGAAAUGGAAUCGAUGAUAUUACCAGUAGGGAUUAACCGUCAUUACCGAUACAUUAAUUAUACCCUGAUUAAUACAACUAAACCACAUCAUUAUAAUCUUAGUCUUUCUGUUUAUGUUGUUACCAAACAUUACAUUGGUAAAUACUGUAUUUACUUAAAGAACAAGUAUGGAGAAUUGCGGGUGUGCCACACACUAACGCAGGCUACCAAUGACUUGAUUAAUACUUCUGUUGAAAUUACACCUACUGGAAUUAUUAUCAUCAUAUGUGUUAUUGUGCCCUGUCUAAUAAUAGCUCUCUGUAUAAUUGGUUUAGUUAUUGUCAAGAAAUGUUUUAACAAGAUGGCUCCUAAGACAAGAACCAUUCCUCUUGAACAUCAUGAUGAACAAUUUGCUAUGCAACAGUUUUCUACAGAUAUUACCACUCUGAAUAGGCCUAGUAAUAGAACAGUGGUACUUGACAGGGAGUCUUUAAUUACCUCUUCAACACAUGUAUCUUCUGAUUAUGAACGACCAGUUUCAAUAAUUGUCCACCGACUACCUGAUUAUGAUCAGGAAGAAAAUAUAAACAAUGGGGUCGAAGAUGAAGGUCAAGAAGAAGAUUCUGGUGAUAAUGAUUUUAAUGAUGCCAACACAGCAUCCCUGUGUAUGAACUCUCCCUCAUCAGUACCAAAUGUCUAUGAAAAGCUCAAUAAAGAUACCCGUAUCACACAAUUACGUCCGUAUCAGCAACUAAACUUCAAUGGUAAACCACGGAAUGCUGACCAUACCUCUCCUAAAUGUAUCAAUACAGAACCAAUGACAUUACCAUAUACAAGACUUGAUAGACAAACGAUGAACCAAAGACCAAACUCUUAUGAGAAACUAAACGAACACGAUGAAGACAAUAAUAAGUAAGACAAUCUGUCUAAACACUCUUCGUUAGACAUCCUACAUAAUUAUAUUAUAUGUAAAACUAAAUCUGUCUAUUACAGGUCUUAUGUUAGCUUCAAAUGUUAUAUUAACUAUUAUUUAGACAUUUAUUAACAUGACAAGCCUAUAAUCAACUAACUGGAUUUAAACAUCUGCGAGACUUAAAAAUUUAAAUGGACAAUCGAGGCUAGGUCUCGGUUAUCAA